UCACACAGUCCUGCAACACUAAUAGAUCCAAUAGGUACAACUGAAUGGGCAGCACUGUGGGGCUUAGUCCAGGGGCAGACUGACAACUCAUGGUGCCCCCGGGCAAUAGGUGAUCAUGGGACCCCUGUGUCCUUGCCCAAACUCAAAAAAGCCUAUGAAAAAGGUACCAGGGGCAUCUCAUGGGGCCCCCUACUGACCCCGGGCCCUCAGGCAGUGCCCGAGUUUCCAAAUGGUCAGUCUGCCCCUGGC